AUGACUAAAAAGGAUAAAAAAGUAAAGGGACCUAAGAUGUCCACCGUCACUACCAAAAGCGGCGAGUCUCUGAAGGUUUUUGAGGACUUGCACGAUUUUGAAACUUAUCUGAAGGGCGAAACGGAGGACCAGGAGUUCGACCACGUUCACUGCCAAUUGAAGUACUAUCCGCCAUUUGUGUUGCACGAUGCGCAUGACGAUCCAGAAAAGAUCAAAGAAACCGCCAAUUCGCACUCCAAGAAGUUUGUUCGCCAUCUGCACCAGCAUGUUGAAAAGCACUUGCUCAAGGACAUCAAGACCGCAAUUAACAAACCUGAAUUGAAAUUUCAUGACAAAAAAAAACAGGAGUCGUUUGACAAGAUUGUUUGGAACUACGGCGAAGAAACGGAGUUGAACGCCAAGAAAUUUAAGGUUUGCGUUGAAGUCGUGUGUAAGCACGAUGGUGCGAUGGUCGAUGUUGACUACAAGACGGAACCCGUGCAGCCACUAAUCUGA